UGAUCAAGGUAAAACCUUAUUACUGUUACCUAAUAAAUAACAAUAUUUUUAUUGAAGAAAGUUAGAAGAUGACAGUGGUAAAAGCUGGUUAUUUAAAGAGACACAGCAAGAGCUGGUUAUCUGGAGGAUGGAAUCCAACAUAUUUAGAAUUACGACCUGAUUCUACUUUUUACAUCUUCAAAAAACAGGGAGACUUGGAACCAAAAGCUAAAAUUUAUUUAAAGGAAGUAUGCAAACAUUUUGCUUAUGGUGAACACACAAAUGGACUUCCUGACAGACCUUCACUACCUUCUGGAGCUAGUUCAGCUUUAUUAUUAGCUAUACCAGUUAAACCCAGUCAUAAAGCUAAAGUUUUCUGGUUUUUAUGUCAGUCUGAAGCAGAGUUGCAUGAUUGGAUGGCUGCAAUUGUCAGCACUCUACCACCACCUAAAUCAAAAUCCCAUAGUGGACCACCACCCCAAUCACAAGCUGUUGGUAUUGUUCCUGAAAAACGGUCAGAUGUAUCAUCAGGCUAUUAUCCUCCACCCCAGCAACCACAACCAGGAGCACCUUUAGGAUUUGCUGGGUAUCAAGGACCACCUCAACCAGGAUACCAACAACCUUAUCCACAACAGGGUGGCUAUGGUCCUCCACAAGGCUAUGCUCCCCCUCCUCAAGGCUAUGCACCUCCUCCACAAGGCUAUGCUCCCCCUCCACAAGGUUAUGCACCUCCAUAUCAGCAAUAUCCUCAACAAGGUUACCCACAACAAGGUUACCCUCAACAAGGCUACUAUCCUCAACAGGGUUAUCCUCAGCAACAGUAUGGUUAUGGUCCACCACAAGGUCAACAACCUAAUGUAGUUUAUAUACAACAGAAAGAUAAGAGAGGUGGUAUAUUAGGAGGAGGGAAAGCUGGUACAGCUGCAGCUCUAGUUGGAGGAGCAGCUUUAGGAUAUGGUGCCUCCAGAAUGUUUAAUCCAUUUGGUGGUUUUGGCUUUGGCAGACAUGGCAGUUGGAGUUCUUUUAGUAGUUUUGGAAGUUGUGGAAGUUUUAGCAGCUUUGGAAGUUUUGAUUAA